AAUCUUAAAAAAAAAAAGAAAAGCUCUCAGGGCCCCUUUAAGUAUGACAAUGUUUAAAACUAAAUUCAGCCACUGGCAGCUUCAGAUCAGCUCUGUUCACUGAGAUGUAAUCUCCAGGAGUGAGUGUCAAAGAAAAGUGACCCUAAGAUGUUUGUCUGCCUAAGCUGGAGUGAUAACCUUCAGUAAAAACUCUGGCACCUUCAGUCUAUCUCCUCUGACUGACCUGCCCGUGAGAGAGCAAGGCUUGAAGACCAAGAUUUCAGGUUAGGCCACAGGAUACCAACAGCUUGGAGCUGCCUUAAAGGAAGUUCCUCUGUAUUUUUUUAAUACAAGAGUCUAACCCAUUGUAUCAUCCAAACAAUACUGUUCAUAAAACAUUAUUAAUGGAUCCUAACUCAACAGAAUUUGGAUAUAAGAGAGAGUAAGUGCAAAAGAAUAAUGGACAUAUGCUUUAUGUGGCAAACUUGCAUAAUAAAUUCAGCAACUGACCUUAAAAAUUAUAUAUUCAUCUCAGGUUACUGAGUAUCAACAGAUAUUACUAGUAUUCUUAUAGUCUUGCCCUUUCCAGAAAAGUGAAACUUGAAGAGAGAGAAGAGAAAUCCCCAGCUAUGAUGACAAAACAAUCUGAUCUUUCCCUGGCCCCUCCUCUGAACACGUCCGUUUUCCACAAGACAGCUACAUCAAAAAUGAAAGAUGUAGUAAGGCCUGGACAUGAGGCAUGACACUGUGGCAUGCGGGGACACUUUCAGUUCUUUCACACUUCAUUCAAAAGAGAGAUAGCUAUGAAAACUCUACCUCUGUGAUACAAACAGAAACCCGUCCCUACCUGCAUUUGUCCCAAGUAGCUAUCUCUUAAAUGGCCCAAAUUAAAAAGCCCAGAGAUAUCUUUUUAGUCAGGCUGCCUGCAAGAAUAAUAAAAGUACUGCCAAAAUAUGCAUAACAGAGACAGGAAGGAAACAGGUCAAAAUGCUUAUAAUUGUGAGGGAAGGGUGAUUAAAAAAAAAAGUCUUCUCUGUUUACAGUAAAUGCAGAAAACAGAUCUAUAAUAUAUGGUCUAUAAUAUGUCUAUAUUAUUUUAAGCGAGGAAGGGAGGUAUGAGGUUUGCUUCUUUUAAGGAUCUUCUUUUUCCAGUCAUAGAAUCUUAGCUCACAAAAGACUUUAGCCUAAUGCAGUCCUUCCACAAAUAAGGAGUCAAGUUUCAGACUGGGAAGGGAUUCUCCCAGUUGAGUGAGGACAUGAAAGAACGUCUCCAUAGACUGGCUCCACGAUGAUGGGAAGCAAGUUUUCCUUUAAAAGUUCCACCUCCUGGACCCCACUCAUCCGCCAAACUAACCUGCCAUCUCCACUUGAAAGUGCAGAAUCAACCAGAAAUUUUUGACUGACGUUUUGUUUGUGUUAAGCAAAUGACUGUUUACACUGAGAUAAUCACAGGUGAAAUUUGUGUCGGAAACUGUGAGAUUUCUUGUUUUUCUCAUGCUAAGCAAAGACAAAAAAUAAAUAAAUAAAUAAAUAAAUAAAUAAAUAAAUAAAUAAAUAAAUAAAAGGAAGGGUAUUGACAGUCGGGGGCACUUUGGAUCCUCCUGCACCAAGAAGAUGCUUUUUUAAAAAAGUGUUAACUUUUAAAGGCAAAGAGCCCUUUUAUGAUGGUCUUAAUUAAGCUCCAUAACCUUGAAAGUAGGUGGACUGGGGCAGGGGUCUGAGAUUCUAACAUACACACUGAUUAGUGUCUGUCUCUAGGUUCUAGUCCACGUGUCCAUUCAAGUCAUUUACCACCACUCUUCGUCUACGCUGCAAGGAGACAGGUAUCGUUUCUGCUUCCUAAUUUCAAGACACCAGGCUUCGUACAUCAGUGACUCCAACACGGCUAUGUACCGCGGCUAUGGGCACGCCUCUGGAGACACCGCGAGAAUUUCUACAUUUGGCAACCGGCUUUCGAUGCUGCAUUUGACCCUCCUGCAAGCGCUCCGCGCAGGGGCCACCAUCACGCCGCGGUAGCAGGACCGUCCGGCUCCGAUGUUUCCAGGCGCGGUCCGAGAGCGCCUCAAAAACCCCGCCACGGGGACAGGAGGGACGCCCGUGGCCGAGAGACCACCGGCCGCAGCCCCGCGGGAUCAUCCCUCGCAUCUGAAGGUCGGGGUCCGGCUUCUGGGCCGGGCCGGUCCCCGCCGCCACACAAACAGGAGGCCGGUCCCGCGGCGCGCGUCACCCGGACCCCGCCGUGCACCAGCCCCGCGCCCGCGCAGCCCGCGGGAAACGGCGGCGGGGCAUCCCCGGCUCAGGCACAGGAAGCGGCGGCGGCUCGGGCGGCCCGAAGGCCUCCGCUGCCGCGGGAAGGGGAGCCGAGGGCAGAGGCCGGAAAAGCAGAACGUCCCCGGGAGCCGAGGGGAGGCUCACGCGUCUCCGCUGCGGCCGCCGCCUCCCGGGCUUGGGCCCGCGGGGCAGCCUGAGCCCCCGCGCCUCCGCCGAGACCACCGGCGCCGCAGCCGGAAAGGACGCGGCUCCCCGCGGCAAGAGCACUCACCUCGGCUGGCCGGGCCGCUGCGCCGCCGGCUGUCACCGCAGCCCACUGCCUGUCCAGUCCCGGCUCCGGAUGCUAUUUAA